ACUGUAUAGAGGAAUGUCAGACCCACAGAGAAUUCACCUGCAGAGAACAGAGCAGACCUGACUGACUCACCUGCUGAGAGGACGGGAAGAAGAAGGGAAUCAUUUGCUCAGUCAGUCUUUCAAUCAGUCAGUUAGUAGAGUGGGAUACUCAGUGAGUCGAUUGUACAUCAGUGAUUCAGUGAUUCAGUGAAUCGGAUCCUGUAUGUGCUGUAGGUCAGAUAUUUGGCAGGUCAUUUGAAUCAGGUGAUUCAAACAGAGAUUGAACGAACCAGGUGACCAGGUGAUCCAGUCGAAGCAGAUAGCAGUUGACCCAGUCGAAGCAGGCACCAGUUGAUCCAGUAUAAAUAUGCCCAGUUUGUCCAGUGUGGUCCAGUUCUCUCUGCUGCUGGUCCUCCUUCUGGCUGUUAUGGGUCAGGACUGUGCUACUUCCCAGGUCCAGAGUGAGGCCCGGUCCAGGGUGUGUGUGAAGGACAAGGUCUCUGACUGUGUGGACCUGACCAAAAUGCAGGAGCUGAUCCAGGAAGUACAGAAAGACUUCACAAACACGUCUCAUGAUGGCAGAAUCCUGUUAAAGACAGUCAUCUUUGACAAGAUCAAGAAGCACAAGAAGUACCACGGCUGUGUCCUGCUCAAAAUCAUGGACUUUUAUCGGGAAGUUCUCCAGAGACAAGACAGAAAUUAUCUUGACCUCAGGGGCCUGCUGGAUGAAUUGAAGGAAUGCGUUCAAACAGGAAAGAUCUGUGAAAAGCUAUACCAGGAAGCUGCUGGGGAGCCAGUAAAUGAGUCUAAGAUAGAGGAAGAUUUGGAGCUGCUGUCGAAGGAUGCAGCCAUACUGCAGCUGCAGAGACUGGAGGGAGCCAGGAAAAAGGUGGUUGAGCUGUCCGAUAAGGGCAAAGGCUUCACAGACGCUCUCCAGCCCUUUGCUGCAACCCUCCUCGUUCAGUGUGACCUGCGAACACAACCCAUGUGCAAUUUCGAGUCUCUGGCAGUGUUUGAAACUGCCGAUCUGCGGUCAAGAGUUGCAGAGAUCAUCUCAGCCUAUGCUGCCCUUCAGUCCCUAAACCUUUUGGACCUGACGGAGACUUGGAUUACCCCAGAGAACACUGCUGCUCCAGCUGCUCUUCCUUCGUGUGGCUACGUUUUCUCUCGUAGUCCGAGAGCAUCUGGUCGUCGUGGUGCCCUUGGAGAGCUCCUCAAUGAGCUUAACACCUUGAUAAGCUAA